AUGUCACGCCCAAUUAAGAACAAAGGAUUUGAUGAUACACCAUUGUGGAGUCAUGUUGAGGUUCUAUCCACACCCACUGGUGGAGGUGGUAAUAGGGUGUGGAGAUGCAAAUAUUGUAAUAAAACAGUAACUUCUUCCUAUUCCAAGGUUAAAGGGCAUUUGCUAAAAAUUCCCAACCAAUGUGUUCAAGCUUGCAAGGGAAUAACAGAGGACAUAUACCGUGAGAUUAAGAAAGAAAAUGAUGAAGCUGAACAUAAGAAAAGGAAUUUGUCUCUGAGUGUAAAACAAAAGCAGGAUUAUAUUUCUCUUCCUGAAGGUUCUGAUUUAGUUCAACCAAAGAAAAGAAAAGGGUCACUGGAGAUGUCCUUCAAUGUGUUAGAAAGAGAAGAAGCUGACAAAGAAUGUGCCAUGAUGUUCUAUACAGGUAUGCUAUCCUUUAAUUUUGCAAGAAAUCCAUACUUCAGAAAAUAUUCUCAAAGGUUAGCCAAUGGAAAUCUUCAUGGGUAUGUUCCUCCUACUUUUGAGAGACUUCGAACAACUUUACUAGUCCAAAUGAGAGCACAUGUUGACAAGUUACUACAACCGAUCAGAGAUAAUUGGGUCAAAAAAGGUGCAUCAAUAUGUUCAGAUGGUUGGCAAGAUCGUCACUCAAAGCCUUUGGUGAACAUCAUGAUAGCUUCUGCUGCCGGUCCGAUGUUCCAGAAAAUAAUUGAUGCUACUGAGGUGCUUAGUAAAGAUGCUGAAUAUUUGGCAGGUGUUUUUACUGAAGUAAUAGAAGACAUUGGUGAAAGUGUGUUUACUGAAGUAAUAGAAGACAUUGGUGAAAGUAAAGUUGUACAGGUCAUAACUGAUAAUGCAUCUAAUUAUAAAGCUGAUGGAGCAAUAAUUGAAAGAAAAUUUCCUAACAUUUUUUGGACACCUUGUGUUGUUCAUUGUUUGAAUUUGGUUCUCAAAUCCAUAUGUGAACCUAAUGAGAGAGCUUCUCACUAUAUUGAAUGUCAGUGGAUAUCACAAUUGGUGCAUCAAGUGAAUGAAAUCAACUAUUUCAUCCUAAAUAAUGGUUUAUCAACUACUAUUUUUGAGCGUUAUGCAGAUGUGAAACUCUUAAAAGUAGCUGAAACUAGAUUUGGUUCAAAAAUUGUGAUGGCCACAAGGAUACAAAGGUUGAAAGAUGCUCUUGAAAAAACUGUGAUGGACCCCGAUUGGAAGAAAUUUAAGGUGAAUGGGAGGAAUCCCAUUGAACUUAAAGCUAGAAAGGUGAAAGAUUUGUUGGUUAGUGAUGCAUGGUGGGAUCAAGUUGAUUAUCUACUCAAGUUUGCAGAGCCAAUGAUGAAUUUUUUAAGGGCCGCUGACAUGGACUCUUCGGUGUUGCACUUAGUGUAUGAUAUGUGGGAUACUAUGAUAGAAGAAGUCAAGAAAAUUAUUUUUGAGCAUGAAGGUGUCGACUUAGUGUCAGGUCAGUCAAGUUUUUUUGAUGCAAUUCAGCAUGUCAUCGAGUCAAGAUGGAACAAGAGCAACACACCACUACAUUAUAUGGCACACUCAUUAGUUCCUAAGUACUACACUGAAGAAUGGCUUCAAGGAGGUGGAAACAACAUUCGAAGAGUUGCUCCAAAUGAAGAUGAAGAGGUCUCAACAAACAGAAACAAGUGUCUACAAAGACUUUUCCCCAAUUCAGAUGAUGCUCGAAGAGUUUUUUUAGAAUAUGGUACAUUUUCUGGCAGUUUAGGGAACUUCAGCGAGCCUCACGUCAUGGCAGCCAGGGCAUAUGAAGACCCUUUGUCAUGGUGGGCUAACUAUGGCUCCACAACUCCAUUGUUGCAGAGCCUAGCUUUUAAACUUCUUUCACAGCCUGCUUCUUCUUCUUGUUGUGAGAGGAACUGGAGCACAUUUGGAUCCAUUCAAACUGUGAAAAGAAAUAGGCUGGCAUCUAAAAGGUUGGAAGAUCUUGUUUACAUUCACAACAACUUAAGAUUGCUUUCUCGGAAGCAAAAAGAGUACACUGAUGGGGGAGACACUAUGGAUGGUGAUAGCAUAUUGGAAGUUGCUGAGCUUUCCCUAAAUGAACAUGAGAUCGAAGCCAUUUCUUUUGACUUAUGA